AUGCUGCUGCGGAGAUGUUUUUGCAGGUUCUGCAGGAGCGUCGUACAGCAGUCCAGACACUCGACGCUGCACACUGGGACGGUGUACACAAAGGAAGAGUCCCUCAGGACCCACUACCAGGUGCUAGGAGUUGGGAGAAGUGCCAACAGGACGGAGAUUAGAGCCGCGUUUGUCAACCUUUCCAAGCGGUAUCAUCCGGACAGCAAUCCCCAGCAGAAGUCGGAUUCGGACACUAGAGCGUUCGUUGCCGUGAGCGAAGCCUAUCGCAUUCUCAGUAGUCCGAAGAGAAGAGCCGAGUAUGACCACCAACUGGCGGUGGCUGAAGCGUAUAAAGAGAGCGUCUACGGCGGUAGCGGAGUAUGGCAGGCAAGACAGUCGUUUCCCUCAGACAGCUACGACGUGAACUGGGAGCUGUACCGAAAGUCUAUGAGGAAAUCAAACCAUUCGAGAGUUCUGUUCAUGCUGUUGGCCCUCACGUUCACAGUCCCAGUAAUAUUCAUGCUGAGAGUCAAGCACAACUACCACAAGUACUACCAGCCAGUCGCCAUUCUAGAGUCUCAAAGGAACACUGCAGUGUACAAGGCAGUCAGAGAGAAGGCCAGGAGCUCCACUGUACAGGAGCAGUUGGAUUUGCUGGUGGCUCGACAUGCAAAUAGGGCCUCUAAUAAAAACGAUAACCCUCCUAGCAGAUCGGGUGUCCAGGCCAUCCACGACGUGGCCCUGCUGUCCUGCCCUCAACUCCGCAUCUGCAACCUCCCUCACUGCUUCAUUCAAGACCUCUCGGCUUUCUACGGUUGCGUCAACUUGCUCAAGCUGGACCUCAGCAGCAACCAAGUUGAGCAUGUUCCUCCUGGCGACUUCUGGUACUCCCUGUCCUCUCUACGAGUGCUCUAUCUUAAUGGAAAUAGCAUCAGCAACAAAUCCUGCAUCCAGUGGAUAAACCACUGUCCCCAUCUCCACGUGCUCACCCUUCACUCCACUCCACUCUAUCUGUCUAGAGACUACCGUCACCAUGUCGUCAACGGGUCACUAGUUAGCAAGUACCAGUCCACUAGAAGAAGGGCCCAGAACGCGGCUCCUCCGCCACCCAAUACAGCAUAUGUCACAGAGAGACAUCCCAAUGUACAAUCCUCACAUCCCACCUCAGAUCCUUCUACCUUCAAGACAAGGUGGAAUAUCUCUCUCCCGGUACCUCAGUCUGCCUCUCCCGUCUACUCAAUUACACCAGACAGGGUCUCCCCUAGCAGAGUACAGAACUCUAACUCUCCACAGCAUGCACCACUGGAGUCACACACGGUCGCAAUACACCCUGGGUCUUCCCGAACCCACCACUCAAUCUGCAUCAACCUUAACAAGCUAGAACACAGUGUGACCAAUCAGAAGUGUACUAUUACCGCAGUGAGGACGCAGCAAGCUAAGCAGAAGGGGUCUACCAACCCGAAGAAAGAUAAGCGACUAAGUGUCGGGGAAGAAAACAAGGAACAGAGCAGAGAAGAAAGUAAGGACAGAAGAUCGUGGAUCACUGUAGUUGGCGAGAAAGCAGAUGUGCUGAUGGAGAACGACCAUGUUGAGAAGAUGGCGGAAUCAAAGAAAGAGGCAGGGAGGGAGCUGAGAGAAGAGGAAGCUCAAAUCAUGGAGACGGUGGAAAAAAUACGGGAACCUCCUUCUAAAGAUCUCCGCAAAGUCGCCUCGCCUACAACCAUCCACGGAGCUCCAAGACUCAGUAAAGACGCCCUGGCAUUCAGUCGAGUGUUUGAAUCCAUGACGCUGUCAACAUUCAAAGCAGUGGACAGGAUUCACGAAGUGCAGAGAAUGAAGGAAAACUGGGAAAGGAAGGCUACUCAUGUAGCCAGGAUGAAAACCGAGAGGGAAAGACGACGCAGAAAGAUUCAGGAUUUCCAACAAAAGACGAGGGAAACCAUCGAAUCAUGGAAGAUAAUGGAGGAGAAUAAGCUGAUAAGGUUGCGUGAAAAGGCAGCCCAGGAGACCAUGCAAAGCAUUCUUGACAGAUCUCUGCGACGGGCUGCUUCUGAUAAAGGCCGGCAAAAAGAGACAGCAGAACGGUCGUUCGCAACAGAGUUUGCUCGACAAUCCUUGAACAUGUGUCACGAGGUAUCAAAGGACGACCACGGGCUCUCACUUGAAGAAAGGAGAGAGGAGAUAAAGAGACAGGUCAAGCAGGUGACCGAGGCUACUCGUCAGAGGAGACAAGAAGCCAAGACUGAGAGAGAAACAAGAGAAGCACAGCUGGUGUGGGAGGGGGAACUGGGGAAGAAGGAGCUGAGCAGGAAGAUGAUACAGGCAGCGGCCCAGAGAAUGUCUGAAGCCAAGAGGAGAGUUGGGAGAGCGGUUGUAAUGAGGGAAGCCGCUAGAGCCUCGGUGGAGAGGGCGAGGGAAGAUUUCAGGGAGAGCACCUGCAGAGAUCAGCCUGUCAAACUACCACCUUUGAUACUGGACCUGAGGCCUGAAUCUGAGCUUGUCAAGGCCGGACGUAACAGACUUCGCAAGGUCGUAGCCGGUGAACCAACUCCAGCUCCAUUCAGACUCAGGUGUUUCACUCACGAAGCCAACCGGACGUGGCAGAGAGGGACUCUGGUCCUGGCAGCGAGUGCCGCGCAACCGCACACAACCUCUCCAGCACGAUUCCCUGAGAUUGAGAAGGUUUCUCGUGCCCACCACCAACUUAGACCGAGUCGCAUUCUGCAUAACUCUGCCCCCACACCCCUGCACUCUGAGUGUACGGAACAGAGCCCUGUCGAAACACCAACUGAACACUGUGCCUGUGGAACCAACACCAGCCCUUGUUCAGUGGGUAUGACCUAGAGCUAAUUUAUGUAUACCAACGAACGAUUCUUUUGAAGAGCCUCCCUUUAUUU